GGCAUCCAACAGUGUGAUCAGGCAUUGGAAUUUUGUUUCUAACCAAAACACAUGAGAUAUGAGCCAAAACACAGUUUUACAAAUUAUAGCGCCCCCUAUUGGUCGAUUUGCACCAAAUUUGGUGUGGACCCUUCUGGAGGGGUGUGGCUUUAUGUCGUUAAGUUUGGUGGAGAUAUGUCAAAGGGCUGCCGAGAUAUGAGCUCACUUCCUGUUUGGCGUCUUCGCCACUAAAUUUGAUAGUUUUAUCAAUCGUUCCAAAAAAUAGACCCUAUAUGCACCAUAGUCUGAAGAUGGUCCAUGUCAAUUUUCAUGAAAAACGGUCAAAAAUAUAGGAGAAGUAGCAUUUUAUUCAAUUUUUAAAAAAUCCAAAAUGGCGGAAAAUCUACCCAGGCGGAAAAUGACGUCAUAGGGUGCAUUGGAAUCGGCUUGGCCCAAGGAUUCCAGGGAUACCAAGUUUUUGAGAAUCGGUUGAACAGUUCAAAAAUUGUGAGCAAAAAUGUCAAACUUUGACCAGUUGGUGGCACUAGCGAGUUUGAGGUGGCAACAUGAAAUUUACUGAGAAGAAUCAUGAAACUGUCCAAAAUCAGUGUGCUAAAGUUCAUAGCUUUUUACCAUACAGUUCUAUAGGCUGCCAUAGACAUCCUAUACAGAAGAAAGAUGCUUGAAAUAAUAAUAAUAAUAAGAAGAAACCAUAGAAACACUAGUGGUGCCUGCAGCUCCGCUGCUUGGCCCCUAACAAGGCCAAGAUUGCUGCUGGGAUAAAGGUGACCAACAAGUCAACAAAGUGUUUAUCAGAUGGUGAAUUCACCCAAGGAAAACUCUGCUGCGAUGAAAAAUGUUUUGGUUGAGGAAACUCCUCAUAACCAUCAUGGUGAUGGCUCACAGAAUGUGACCGAUUGUGACAGAACAUCUGAACCCUCCCAAGCAUCUGUAAUGGGCCAUGGUGAUCCAGGCUCUGGGUUCCACCACUUCCCGAUGAACUCAGUGUUCACGCCAAUCCAGCUGCAGGCACAUCCAUGAGGGCUCACCAAGCUCAAUGCCUGCUGGGACGUUCAUACCUCAUCGCUCACAUUACGGAUUUUACGCACCAGGGUAUCACUACUGUAGCCCAGGCUCCUUGGAUUCAAACAUGAACUUCAACCAACACCCAGCUGCCUCCAACGUUUACUGUGGAUAUUACCCUUAUUUCUUCUUUGGCUACCACCAAUACACUGGUCAGAAUCCAAACUGGCAAGCAGGCGAAUCUGUAGAUCUCAGGGAGAGUGACGUGAUCCUGGAGAGUCUACUCAAACUGGCAGAACUGCAGGUCAGAUUAAUUGUUCCCCCUUAAAGAACACCCCUGAGUAUCUGCAUUAAUAAUGUACUCUGUAUAAUCUAUGCUGUAAUUACAGUACCAGUCAAAAGUUUGUGUACCCUGUGAGGGAAUUUUAAUGGAUGAACAUUAUUAUUCUCUGUGUUUCUGUAUGUUGAACUAAAGUGGCUUAGUUACUAAGAAGAGAUGUUUUUCCACAUGCUGUAAUCGCUUUUCUGUGACCUUGGUGGUAAUAAGCAGGGAGCUUGAGCUCUCCCUAACUCGCAUCCGCCUGCACAUACCAGAGCACGCCAGGUGCACGCUUUAACAAAGCUUCAUAGAAAAUCUUGAGCCAAUCACGUUAAGACACAAGCAGUGAGCGAAUGCUUUCAGAGUAUAAUAGAUAACAUUCCUAAAACACAACUCGGAGUGCGCGUACUCUCGGCAUCAUCAGAAGUGAUGUCUUCUUCUAUUCUUCUCUUUCCUUUCCUAUUUUAUAUAUCUUUAUAUGAUCUACUAUAAUAAAUGACUGAAAAGACAACUGUUAAGCGUUCUGAAGUGUUUAUUAGAAAUUUCCAUUACAAUUUGGCGUCCCUGGGUGGGCCCUAUGCGUCUGAUCCUCGGACGAUGGAACACUCCCAAGGCUACGGUGCGGAGCUGAGAACUCGGACGAGAGACCAGGCCAUCAGGGCUCACCGAACCAGUAAGUGAUAACUUUGCAUUCUUGUGGAAACAUUAUUUAAAGAAUGAUACAAGAAAUGGACAGAGAUUUGUCUUAGUAUUUAAAGAAUGAUAUAAGAGGUGGACAGAGAUUGUCCCAGUCAAGGAAGACUGAUAUAAGAGACGGACAGAAGUUUGUCUGAGCCCAGGAGGACUGCUAAGCUGUGAUACCAUCAAUAUGUUUGCAGACAACGGAUAAAACACAAUUUUGAGACAAUAAACUGCGAGUAGUUUAUUGGGUUGUGUAAGAGAAUUAUCCACCUAAGUGACGACUGGGUAAUCGCUCACCUACUUGAGUAGGGGAAGUACAGGUGUGUGUUUCGACGGAUUUACGUUCAGCGAUUUGUGGGAAUUGAAUCUUGCUCCCUUUGUUCUGUGUGAACAACUGGCCUGUCUGGGGAACGGGAUAGAGAGGUUCGAUCGCGAAAACGCAAAGACACACCAGUGUGCACGCAAAAUAUUGAUGAAUUAACAGAGUACUGUCCUCCUCCAAAUUCUGAAACAGAGAAACAGAUUUUGUACACAUGCGCUAGUUGUCUUUGAGGUUGUUGUGCUAAAUGAUACCUACUUUGGUUUAAGGCAAAUGUCAGAUAAAUUGUUUACUAAUAAGAACACACCUAAAAGAUUGUGUCGCAUUUUUGGACAUAGUCCAACCUGCUCUUCUUGUGAUCCUAAUAAAAACUCAGCCAUUGUUGUCAUAACCUAUUGAUAUAACAGUGUACAAUGAGGAACAGAAACAGUAAGUUAGGGAAAGAAAAGAAAAAGCAAGUAAGUGUGAAGCUACAUGUGCUAUAAUAAGAAUUGGAUGUUCCUAUGACAGCCCAAACAUCCAGUUUAUGAAAACCUCGUAUGGCGAGGAUUAUUUGGCACAGUUUGAUAUAUGGGUAAAGGACUUAGGAUUCCCUGGAAAGGGCAGUUUUAGUCCCAGGCAGAUAGGACAGUUAGAAGAAAAGUUGAAACAGAAGGAAAAAGAAGAGUCUGCAGAUAACGUUAAGUUCUUAGGGGACUGGAGGGCGUUUUCUGCAUGGAAAGAAGAAACACUUGAGAGUACAAAAGAGAGAAACGACAGGCAGGGCUCUCACCCUCUUCUCAGUGUUUGAAAUUUCAGAUGGACCCUGACCUGGAGUCUGCCCCAACACCCUGACACACACUGCCUCCUCAGCGAGGCGGAGCAUCACUCCCACAAGCGCUUCACCCACAGAAAGGGGGAGAAGUCGAGACAAAGGAAAAAAAAAACUGAGCCUCUGGAAUCUCUCCCAGCCUACCAGCCACCUCCAGCAUCAGCGCCUCUCAGCGCUUCUCCGUCACACACGAGAUCCGGUCUUGCAUAUGGUGAUGGAAAAGACACCCUCCUGGACCUGACCACGUGCUCACCAGUGGGUCCACAAGGCCAUAAUCUAAAGUCUGAAGUCCUUCAUCUUCCAAUGAUGGAAGUGGCUGGAGCUGACGGCGUGCUUUUAGUCCAUAGACCCUGGAUGACAGCUGAUAUCAAGGAAAGCAUGGCUUCUCUUCCCAGUGUGAGAGAGGUAGGAGGAAAGAGAUUUGGUAAUGAACUGUUGAUAUUUUGCAGAGAAUUCCGACCGACCACCCAUGAACUUCGCUGCCUAAUCAUGACCAAGAUGGGUAUAGAUUGGAACAAAGUUUCCAAAGAGUGGCCGGAAGCUGACCAGCGAAUGACUACACCAGACUGGAGCGUGGCUGGCAAUGGUGAGUAUAGAGAUACCAUCACUGCUCUCUGUGCUCGUCUGGACAGUACUUUUCCCUUGAACAUAGACAUUACUAAGAUCAGUAUGUGUAAGCAAGAAGAUGUGAAGUGGUGUCAGCGUUUUUCGCCCAUCUCACCGCCAUGUAUGAGAGAAAAAAAAAAAAACACAGUAGCCUGACCAGACCCGUGAACCUGGCUGCAGUGGAGGGCACUCCUGAGUCUCACCAAGAUCGAGCAGUACGCUGUGCAUGCAGAAAAGCUGCUGAAAGAGAAGAAGACAAAGUCGACACAAAGAGACCAAGAUCUACACGCCGCCACUCUCACUCUUUUCCAGACUGUUCAGCCUGGAGAAAAAGGAACAAGAGGAGGAAGAGGUCGAAGUAGGGGCCAAGACAGGACAACCUGGAGUGACUCGUCCUGGAUAAAAGGUGCAACCUGCUACAACUGCAAUCAAAAGGGACACAUUGCUCGAAAUUGUCUCCACAGUAACAGGCAGAAGCCCCGUGAGGAGUACAGCAAAGCAGACUGAUGGGCAGACUCUGGGAAUGGGCCCCACACAGAGAACAGGGGAGGUAACAUACACACACACACCUGAUGAUACACAUACACAUAGACAGGAGCAUUCACAUAACAUUAAACACAUUAGUAGCAGCACCUGCAUGCAACAGCAAGACUACACAGAAACGCCCGAUACACCAGUCCAAAUAAAUACAUCUGAAGUUGCAUUAAGUUUGUUAAAAUACACAACUACUCCCUUGUAUGCCCCUCACUGUGUGUGGGCAUGUGUUAGCCUUUUUAGUAAAUUCUGGAGCAGCACACUCAGUGAUACAACACGGGGUACUUCCAGUAGACCCACCACUCAGCUCAAAUUCUAUUCAGACGAUGGGCAUCUCAGGACGACCUGUAACCGAAACUUUCUCAGUCAACCUCCUGUGUAAAAGCGAGGGAGGAAUAGUUACGUCCCACUCAUUCCUCAUCUCACAUACAUGUCCAGUAAAUUUGUUAGCACAUGAUUUAAUGUGCAAAUUAGAAGUAAAUCUCACAUCCACUCCAGAUGGACUAACUAUUGAAGUAAGUGAAAUGUGCGGUGUGCAGUAUGGGUUUGGAAGCCCCCUGUAUGUGUAUGUCUGGCAGCUCUGCUCAGAUCAGCUCACACAAACUCCAAAACACCUUGUACAGCUCGCACACUUGAACACCUCAUCAGUUGACACAGAUUAUAUGAAAGAGGAAGAUUUGCAUUGUACAGCACAUGUUCACCAAGGGCAAGAUGUAGAGUUUGAAAAGACUUGGUUUGCAGACCCCCAUGCACGUGAAAGAUUGACCCUCAAACUAUGUAUUGGUCUAAACAUUAUUGCGCUGUGCAGGUCCAUUUUACUCGUUGUCCAAACAGCUGCAUCAAUGUUCAUCGCAGUGUUCUCAAACGUUAUAUGCAGCCUUGUGUCAGAGGACCUUGAGAUCGGCUGCUGCCAACAUGAUUUCUUUGACAUCAUUAAUUCUAUAUCCCAUGUCUCAUUACCAAGGCCACGAGCCGCCCAUUGGAAAGACGUGGGGAAGUGGGUCAGGAAAUGUGCAGUCGAUGGCAAUGAGUGGUACCAAACAGAGGACCCUAGUGUGUUGUUUUGUCAAAGGCUUGGGGUCUACAAACAAAGUCAUGCUAUGUGUGUGUAUGUUAAGCGCAGCGUAAUAUUAGCCACUGAUGACCAGGGUCCUGGGGACCCUGGCCAUAGUGGCCUGUUUGUCUCUGUUUCCACAGGCAUAACUCCAGCAGAGGUGCACCCCAAAUUGGCGGGAGUUCCAAAUUCCGUUUGGGCAAAGGGUAGACAUGAUGUGGGCCUAAUAAAGAAUGCUGAACCAGUGGUGAUCACCCCCAAAUCAGAUUUCAGUCCUAAACAGACCCAGUACCUACUCAAACCAGAAGCAAUCGCAGGUAUAAGACCGGUCUUUGAUUCGUUGCUGAAGGCAGAUGUAAUUGUCCCUUGCCAGGACUCUCCAGUGCGCACUCCUAUUUUUCCAGUUAAGAAGGCAAGAAAACCGUCCCAGCCCGAUGAGUGGAGGUUUGUCCAAGAUCUGCAAGCAGUCAAUGCUGCGGCUGUCCCACGCGCGCCUGACAUCCCUAAAGAGCGCUCUGCAGACCACACCCACUCUGGGACUGCCUGACCCCAAUAAACCAUUUGUUCAAACUGUCGAUGAAAAGAAGGGUUUUAUGACCUCUGUUCUUUUGCAGAAACAUGGGGAUAGAUUGAGACCUGUAGCUUACUUCUCCAGCAGGGUGGAUCCAGUGGCGGCUGGACUUCCUGUUUGCCUGCGUGCAGUUGCUGCAGCUGAAAAGGCGGUAACUGCCUCCAGAAAUAUUGUGGGGUAUUCUAACCUCACCCUUUGGUCCCAUAUGCUGUCUCCCUGCUUCUGUAUACACCAAACCCGCCCUCUGAGCACCAAUACACGUCAAGAAGGGCAAGAGUUAACUCGGUAACAUUACUGAGGCACUGAACAAGAUGCGCAAGGUUGCUGAACAAUUACGAGCAGACAAACAUGGAGGAGACAAAGACAGCUGGUGGCAUUGGUUCAGUGGAUGGAAGACACUGAUUCUAUCCACCAUACCGGUCCUGGGCUUAGUGAUUGUGAUGCUAUGUUUGCUCCCUGUUUUCUACCAAUGUUGUAUGUCUGUGUUUCAGAGGCAGCUGACAAAUAUUGGUUACCAGAUGGUGAAAAUAGACUCAGACGACUUACCUGACUGGCCUCCAAACCCACACGAAGACUAUAACCCACCAUUCGAUGACAUCAGCACAGUUGACAUGAAACUAGCCCUAACUUAAAACACUUUCAUUAUGAUUGUUUCCUGUUCUAUUAUUCCUGAUCUAUGUAUAUGGCUUGCUAGCAUUCAUUUAAGAUGUCUGUCUUAUAAAAACAGCUGU